AUGAAGUGGUACAACCCCUUCGCCUUCCGCCCCGCCCAAGUCACCUUCUGGACAACCCUCGUCUACGUCGCCCUCGUCAUCCCCAUAAUCUACAUCCAGGAGACUGUCCCGCCCACACCGAACACCUCGACGCCGUACCCCGGCGUGGACCUAGACGAUGCGUGGGCCGAUCUGACGAGCAUCACUAAGGCAUUCCAUCCGUUUAGCAGCAAGUUUAACGAGGACGUGAGGGAGUAUCUCUUGGGGCGGAUCCAAGAUAUUUUAAAUGUGAAUGAUGUGCGAUGGACGUCUGAGAUGUCGUGGCAUGGGAUUUCGCCAUUGAACAAGAAUGAAGCGGAGGCGAAUGCCCGUUUGGAGAAGAGCCCGCUGGCUACCAUCUUUAAUGACCUCGUGUCGAAUGUGACGGUUACUUUGACUAAGAGUAGUAGUGUUGGGACGGCCGAUCCGUCUUGUGGGUUGGGAACGUACUUUGAGGGCUCGAAUCUUAUUGUUUAUAUCCGGGGGACAGAUGAUGAUGAGGGCGAGUGGUGGAAGAAGGAUCCGAGUGAGUGGUCAGAGAAUCAUCAUGGUGUUAUGGUGAAUGCGCAUUUUGACUCCGUAUCGACUGGCUACGGUGCUACGGACGAUGGCAUCGGCGUCGUCACAAUCCUGCAGAUGAUCAGCUACUUCACCACCCCCGGAAACCAACCCAAGCACGGAAUCAUCGCCCUUCUGAACAACGGCGAGGAGGAUUACAUGUGGGGAUCCCGCACAUUCGGCGUGAACCCCGUCAUGCCCUUCGUGCACACCUUCUUAAAUCUCGAGGGCGCCGGCGCCGGCGGUAGAGCCGUGCUCUUCCGAUCUACGGACCUCGAGGUCACCAAGGCUUAUUCCAGCGCUCCGAAUCCCUUCGGGACCGUCGUGGGCUCGGAUGGUUUCGCUCUCGGCCUCAUUAAGAGCCAGACGGAUUAUGUUAUAUUUAACCAGGUCUACGGGGCUCGCGGUCUCGAUGUCGCUUUUUACGAGCCGAGGAGCAUGUAUCAUACCAUGCAGGAUGAUACGCGACAUACCUCCCGCGCUAGCCUGUGGCACAUGCUAUCGGCUAGCAUCAAGACGAUGGAAGCACUCUCCGGCGAGGCAGGUGAUGCGUUUGUCGGUCCGAGGCCGGAUCACGACGAGAGCAAGGUUCAGAACGGGAGAGGAAGCGACGGCGUAUGGUUCGAUCUCGUGGGCAAGGGUUUCGCCGUAUUCGGACUGAGAACUCUCUUCGGGUGGUCCGUCAGCCUUCUCAUCGUCUCGCCACUCGUUCUCCUAUUCGUGUCGUGGAUCCUUGCGAAGAGUGACAAGUACUACUUCUUCUCGAGCAAGGUUUCUUCGCAUGAUAGUGUUGGUGGCAGUAAUGCCGUCGCUAUCAAUGGCUGGAGGGGUUUCUUCCGGUUCCCGCUGGCUCUGAUCUUCUCUAGUGGGUUGGUUACCGGAUCGGCGCUGCUUUUGAGGAAGUUGAAUCCGUUGAUUGUUUAUAGCAGCUCCUAUGCUAUCUGGGCGAUGAUGGUUUCCCUCUUUUAUUUUUCACUGUGGGUUAUUAUGCGAGGUGCCAAUGCCAUGCGACCCAGCGCUUUGCACCGGGGCUACGUCUUCAUUUGGCUGUUCAUCAUCAGCUGGGCCAUCCUCGUUGCAGUCACCGUGCUCGAGGAUCGGUUCCAUAUCGCGGCCGGCUACCCCUUUGUCAUCCUCCAUGCCGCCACCUCCCUCUGCCUUUUGAUCUCUCUAUGCGAGCUCUUUGCUCUUCCGGCUAAGAAGGAUUUCUCGAGAUGGUCUCAAGGGCCGGCGCCUAGCGCUGCUUCCAUCACCUCUAGGGAAUCUCUCCGUUCGCGUGAUCACCUUAGUGAUGACCCGCGUCCAUCGACUUCCAAGGCUCCUCCCCCCGACGAAGAACCAGAGUCUGCGGACGAAAGAACCCCGCUCAUCAUUAGUCGCAGUACGACUCGUACGGAAAACCUGCCCCGCACGACAUUUUCCACCACCUACCGACGAUCCAUUGCCUCCAUCACCGACGAGCCGCAGAACCAAGUCCUGAGGAAUAACCGGGAGCCCUUCCACCUCGAGCAAGCUUGGUCUGCCGAGCUACCUAGCUGGACAUGGUUCCUACAACUUCUCAUUCUCGGACCCGUAACGGUAUGGCUUUUCGGCCAACUCGGCCUAUUCCUAACUGCGGCGACUUCGGCAACCGGCGCGGAUGGGACCGCUCUCCUCCUGCCCUAUGCUGCCAUCGGUGCGUUCGCUAUCCUGUCGCUCCUACCCUUGGCGCCUUUCAUCCACCGGAUACCCCACCAGACACCCUUGGUCCUCUUCGCUGUCUUCGCGGGGACGCUGUUCUACUCGCUCGUGGCAUUCCCCUUUUCCUCGAACAGCACCUACAAGAUCCUAUUCCAGCAGACUCUCGACGUUGACACGGGCGCAUCCAACAUCACCAUCGAUGGCCUCGAGGAAUUCGUCCGCCCUAUCAUCGCCGAACUGCCCUCCGCCGCCAAGAAGGAGGUUAAAUGCAUGCCCUCGGGUCGUAACGCUCUGAGGACAUGCUACUACGACGGCUCGGCCGUCCUCCCAAACCUCCAACCCGAGGCCCUUGCCGCGCUUGGCGACGAAGAAGAAGAAGACCCACGCAAACGGUUCGCUAACCUAAUCUCCGUUAACAUCACUCGUAGCCCCGGUCCGGCAUCCAAGACCGCCAUCUUCGACGUCGACGCCGUCAACACCAAGGCCUGCUUCCUCAUCUUCCGCAAUAAACGUGUCACCAGCUUCCACGUUGAGGGUGCCGCACCGUGGGACUCUCGCUUCGGCGAGUUCCACGAGCACGGGCUCUGCCAGGUGAGGUUGUGGAGGCGCGACUGGGAUAAAGUGUGGAGAGUAGCCGUCAAGUGGGGAGACGACGAGGGCUACGAUGUUGCGAAGGAGACUACGCCCGUCGGCGGCGGAGCGGCGCUACCCUUGGGGCAUAAUGGGGAGUUGAGAGUGAGAGAACAAGAGAGAGGGAAGUUGGAGGGAGAGGUGGCGUGCAUGUGGGCGGAUGCGAAUGUGCCGGGGGUGAUACCGGCGUUUGAGGAGGUUGUGAGGUUUUCGCCGGUUUGGGUUACGGUUACGAAGGCUGCGGAGGGGUUGGUUGUUGGGACGAAGAAGUUUAGUGUGUAA